CAAUCUAUCCGACGUCUGGACCCGGGGCAUUACAAUCCAGAACUUGGCGACAAGCCAUGUAUGGCUGUCGAAAUUCAAAUGUUUUGGGGCACACAGAUAAGCUGUGUUCACGUGCAAACGUGAAGCCACUGUGGCUAGACCUCUCGCGUCUACGUCAUUGCUCUGAGCCGCGUACCUGACCCUGAACCACCCACCACUCUUCGUAUCAACCUGCCUCCUCACUUGUCCAAAUCUUGCUUCUUGAUUUAGUCACCUACUCAGUCCUCAAUUCGACCAUAAUAGCUCUUCAAGCAACAUAUCAAGCCUUCCAGAUCAGCCAGCACCAUGGCUCCUCCAGCAGACUAUUACAAGGUUCUAGAAGUUGACUCAAAGGCGACUCAGCAACAAAUCCGUGAUGCCUACAAGAAGGCAGCGCUAAAACACCACCCCGAUCGUGUUCCAUCUGAUUCUCCUGAGCGCGCGAGUCGUACGAAGCGCUUCCAGCAAAUCAACGACGCCUACUACACGUUAUCGGACCCCACGCGACGCCGCGACUAUGACGCUGCACGUACCUACAAUAGCUUCACAGGCAGCACCGCAACACCAGACGAGGAGUUUGACGAGGAAAUUCCCAACAAUGCAGGCGCAGGCGCAGGUUUUGCCCAAGGCUUCCCGUGGUCCGCAUUCGGCUUCGGCAGCGCUCCAGCCGGCAACACAGAAGAAUCGCACAACCGCUUCUCUGAAGAGCAGUUUGGCGGUAUCUUUGAGGAGAUGUUACGGGAAGAGGGCAUGGCAGAUCAGGAUGCGCAUCCUACGGGCAAGUUCUGGAGUAUUGUGGGUGGUCUGAGUGGAGGCGCCAUGGGUUUUAUUGUAGCAAACUUCCCUGGCAUGGUCGCUGGCGCUGUUGCUGGAAACAGGCUAGGAGCCGUAAGAGAUACAAAGGGGAAGAGUGUUUAUGCGGUUUUCCAGGAGAUGCCGCAGGCAGACAAGGCGAGGUUGCUGAGCGGGCUCGCGGCUAAGGUUUUUGCUAAUGUCGUGUCUGGUUGAUGGGGCAUCAAGAAAAGGGGAGGCAUGAAGCGAUGGGUUUACAUGGGCUGUAUGACUGACGAUAUCCUUGAGAGUUUCUUUGGUAACUUUUCACCUUUUGCUUAAAACGAGAACUAUUUAUGACACAUAAACUUCGUGUUGUC